UCUCAGCUAGCAUAAAAAGCCCCCGAUUCGGCGCUUAGUAAUCAUUCGCGGUUUUGGUUUUUUUUCCUGUUGCUGGGCAAGGUUGCGUUGAGGAGUUGGUGGCGCCGUCAUGUCUGGACGCGGCAAGCAAGGGGGGAAAGCGCGGGCGAAGGCUAAGACUCGCUCUUCCAGAGCCGGUCUCCAGUUCCCCGUCGGCCGCGUCCACCGGCUGCUGCGCAAAGGCAACUACGCCGAGCGGGUCGGCGCCGGGGCGCCAGUCUAUCUGGCGGCAGUGCUGGAGUACCUGACGGCGGAGAUCCUCGAGUUGGCCGGCAACGCGGCUCGGGACAACAAGAAGACCCGCAUCAUCCCGCGCCACUUGCAGCUGGCCAUCCGCAACGACGAGGAGCUCAACAAACUCCUGGGCAAAGUCACCAUCGCCCAGGGAGGCGUCCUGCCCAACAUCCAGGCCGUCCUGCUGCCCAAGAAGACCGAGAGCCACAAGGCUAAAGGCAAAUAAAAUCCUUUUUAACCCCAAUAGGAAGCUCCUCCUUCUCUUGAACCCAAAGGCUCUUUUCAGAGCCAC